AUGGAGCCAGUGUUUUAAGUAGCAGUUUGUGGCGGAGGUAACCUCUGUCAUGGAACUAUUGCAAUCGUAGGUCACAACAAUCCUAAGUACAAGAUUAAUGUUCUCUCAAGAAGACCAGAAGUUUUUGACUAGCAAAUUGUAGCUCACACAGUAAAGUCGGCUUGGGAGCACAAAGGAGAAAUGGUUGGAAAGAUUAACAAAUGUUCGAAAGAUGCAAAGGACGUCAUACCUGGCUCAUAAGUCAUUCUUAUAUGUUCCCCCGCUCAUACAAAGCUUGAUAUUCUUUAAUAAAUCAAGCCUUACUUGAAAGAAGGAGCAUAUGUAGGUUCAAUCUUUGGCUAAGGUGGAUUUGAUUUGUAAGCUCGCUAUGUAUUAGGAGAUGAUAUCAAAAAUAAAAACUUGACCAUUUUCUGUCUACAAUACGUUCCUUUCUUAUGCAAAGUAGUUAACUAUGGUAAAGAUGUAAAUAUUAUCGGGCCUAAGAAGCAUUUGUAUGUGACAUCUUAUCCUGUGGAAAGAGUGCACGAAGUCUGCUCAAUCAUGUCGCUAGCUUACUUUAUCCCAUCUGUACCAAUGCCCAAUUUCCUUAGCUUGACUCUUUGCCCUAGUAACUAGAUCAUUCAUCCAGGCAGAGUCUAUGGUUUCUUCAAAGACUGGGACGGUAAAACUCCCUUCAACGCUAAAGAUAUGCCCUUGCUCUAUGAGGAACUAGAUCAAGUGAGUGCUGAUGAAAUCUAAUAUUUAGAUGAUGAGAUAUAGGCUAUCAAAAAAUCUUUGCUUCAAAAAUACCCUCAACUUGAUCUUACUCAGAUUAUGCCAAUUAAAGACAGAAUUAUUUCAAUGUAUGACGGCUAGAUAUCAGAUACCUCAACCCUCAAGAGAGUAUUCAACACUAACAUAGGAUACAGCAGAGUUCCAUUCCCUAUGAUCCCAGUGGAUAAAACUGGAGAAAAGGUUACUCUCAAUCUUUAAGCUAGAUUUUUCUGGGAGGAUGUACCAUUUGGUCUCGUUAUACUUAAAGACAUUGGAGAGCUAGUCGGAGUGAAGACCCCACACAUUGAUAAACAAAUUAUAUUUCAUUAGAAAUUCAUGCCUGUCAAGUACAUCUGCGAGAAAUCUGGCUAAUUCCUAGAUAAUCAGGCAAUGAAGGAGUCUGGAGCACCGAGAGCAUAUGGUAUAAAAACAGCUGAUGAUCUAGUUGCUAUGAGUUUGACAACUGAGAAAAAGAGCUACGACCUUUUCAGAGCUAAGUUAUGA